CCUCUCCCCCAACCCAAGAGAGUUUGUUAGAACAAUCAGGUGGAGUAGCGUUCAGGCAAAAAUCGGACUUUUCCAAAAUCCUCUCUAGGGUUUUCUCCCGAUUCUUCGAUUCCAGAAUUUCCUCUCCGAUUGAAAGGCGGAUCCAUAGUUUCCCGGCGAUUGUCCUCCGCCACCUGAUCCAGUCCUCUUCCGGCGAAAUAUGGUGGUGAUCUCCCUGAAAGUUUUGAAUCCCGUUAUUCUCCGGUUCAUUCCCCUUGAUUUUUCUGCGAUUUCGAUUUCCUGUAGAUUUUCUUGGCUUUGUCUGCGGAUCCUGUAAGAUAAUUAGGGUUUCCGUUGCCUCUGAUGUGAAUACUUUAUGUCCUGGUUCCGUCGAUUGUUGUUGGGAAUAAUCCUGUCUGUGUAGAUACGCUUGUAUAUAUAUAGCUGGUGAAUAGGGGUUCGAUUGGGAAACUAGGUUGUUGGUGUGGUAGAACUGUAUAUCUUCGGUCGCAGAUAUGUAUAUCGAAGAACUGAAAGGAGGAGAGGAGAAGGGGUUGAGGUCGGUCGGGGAGGAUAAAGAAGAUAAUAGGGUUGCAGAGGGAGACAAGGCAGUUUUGUUGAGCGGAGGAAGCGUAAUCGUGUUGUCCACAAAGAGGGUAAUGGUCGGUGUGGGAGCUCGUGCGUUGUUCUAUCCGACUCUGAUAUAUAAUGUUGUUAGGAAUAAGCUGGAGACCGAGUUCCGGUGGUGGGACAGAAUGGCGGAGUUUAUAUUGCUGGGAGCUGUUCCGUUUCCCUCGGACGUGCCACGUCUUAAAGAUCUCGGUGUUUGUGGGGUGAUCACUCUGAAUGAACCAUAUGAAACUUUGGUUCCAUCGUCUCUGUACAAAUCUCACUGUAUUGACCACUUGGUUAUUCCCACAAGAGACUAUUGCUUUGCUCCUUCUAUGGAAGCCAUAUGCCAGGCCGUAGAUUUCAUUCAUAGAAAUGCUUUGGUUGGAAAGACGACUUAUGUUCACUGCAAGGCUGGUCGGGGCCGAAGCACAACUAUUGUCAUAUGUUACUUGGUGCAUCACAAGCGCAUGACGCCCGAAGCUGCAUAUGCAUAUGCGAGGUCCAUCAGACCAAGAGUUCUUCUAGCAGCCUCCCAAUGGAAGGCUGUUCUUGAGUAUUACGGUCUCAGAGUGACAAAAUCUCAGGAACCCAUAAUAGAUACAACCAACGACUUGGUCCCAAGGAGUGUGAAAGCAGUUCCACCCAGGGAUGUGAUGGUGUUUGAUGAUGGGUCAGUGGUGGUGGUGACUCAGACUGAUCUAGAGGGUUUCGACCCAACAGCAGUUUCUGUGCCGAUAUGGACGGCGGCAGAAGGCAUGAGAGUGGUGUACAGGGUGAAAGUGGCGGGGAAGGCUGCUAUGGCUAGGAUUUCGUGCUUGUGGGUGCGUUGUCGUUCGGACCAGAAGCUUUCAGGGGAGAAACUCUCCGCAAAGGCAUGCCCCUUGGGAAGCAUAAGCCUCGACAUCUCUGUCUACUGAUGAAACAGAGAGAGAGCCAUAUUAGUGAAUUUGCUGCUGUUUCGGAAGAAAGAAAACAGAGUCCAUAACAUAUGGAAGCAACCCCCAUUGUAAAUCCCGAGUCUUUUUGUUUGUGUAAAUAUGGCCUAAUGUUUCUUCGUGAAUCAUCUCUUCUUAUUCUCUGCCGUCCAGUUCCAGUGCCCUUUCCUUUUAGGUUCACUGCCCGCAAUUUGUCCGCUUGGAGUUUUGAAGCUUUUCUUAUUUGAUUUUUGUUUUGAGUUA